AUGGCACAGCUUGCACUGGACGAUCCCGCUGCUUUGAAGAAGCUAUUGGAAAAUUGUGCAGUUCCAGCACCCACUGUUGCCAACUUGAAUCUUUUAGGCUACCGUUCUGUAGCUUUGCUUGGUUUUGCAGUCCCCAGUGAUGGACACGUGGAUGAAAUGAUUGAAAAGCUCACUCCACAUGAUCUAGGGGAGCAGAUUGACCUCUUAUCGCCAGGUGCGGCUAGUUUGAGACGAGCUAUCCGCCAAUGCUACGAAGCGUGCCAGGCGAAAGGUGGCAUUCCAUGUGAACCCAACCUUGCAACAGCAGCCAAACCCAAGCUGUCUCUGUCGGAGCAUAAGGAACUGAAGCUUAAGUUUGUUGAAGACUUCCCAGGUGAAUUGUUGACACCGGAAUCCACUCCCAGCUUCAUGUUUCUUGCCAGUUUGAAAGAGCAAGUGGAUGCCGGCACUUGGACAUGGACACCAUGGCGUCAUCGUAUCUCUGAACAUGCUGAGAUGCUGUUUCAGGAAAAUCGGAAGCCUCGAUCAGAUCAUCAGUUACUUCAACGCAUGCUUAACCAGCAGGAACUGAUGGACUUCCCAGAAGCCAGCGACAUGCAGACAGCCUUGCAGCCCAGACCUCGUUCUCUACAUGCUCCAACGACUCCGAAGAAGGUGGAACCCAAGGCCACCCCGAAAAAGCCGGGUACUCCACCACCAGUUCGCAAGGAUGAUCGACUGAAAGACUGGAAUGAGAGGCCAUCUUCAACUGUGGCCUUGGAGCCGCCCCCUGGCGAUUUUUCUGUGGGAGCUUGGCCAGGUGCAUCAGCCUCCGUGGCUACAUUGCGAGCAUGGCCCUCCUGUUUGCCCUCCACCUUUACUGCUCAGCCAUUGACCCAACGGGUUGAGGAGGAUAUGUGUCUGUCGAAGUCGAUGACCCACCCUUCCCUGCGCAAGUCUGUGAAAGUCGUUCGUGUGGCCAAUUUCACAUUGCGUGAUCGUGAACACGCCAAAUCAUUGCACUUCAAGUCUCGCAGGAUAUGGCUGGGCAUUCAAAUACCUGGCUCCAGCAAACGCAAACUGCUGCCUGACACGCAUGAGGCCCUGCAGGCGAACUUGACAGGUGGCAUCGGUGGGGUGCUGUGCAGCCCUAAGGGGCAAGUUGACGCCAUGUUUGAAAUUUGCCCGCCCUCCCUGCCUACGCCUAAGCUGCGGCCUUCGCCCUAUCAGCUCACAGAUUUGAAGCUUGAUAAAAGGCGAGAGGUGAGUCGUAUCAAAGUGCCCUCUAGGUUUGGUAGACUGGAGGAUGUUCCGGUUCCUUGCUGCUUGUCCAUCCAAGCAGUAGGCAGCAAGCGUAUUGCAGUGCGCAAAUUGACAACAGCAGCAGGGCCUACGGGAUGGAAGGCUGAAGCAGAGAGAGUGGAGCGGCUUGACCUAGCCCGCAUGCUGGUAGGGCUGGCACGCGCAGUGGCCAAACACAGUCUAGUGUUAUCGGCUUUGGAGGGAGUCGAAGUUGAAGUUGCAGACAUUGCUUUCUUGUUUGGAGACCGUGCACCAGGAACUCUGCGGAAACACCUUUCAGGUUGGCGUAGGUGGGCGAGCUAUUGUCAGGGCUGUGCCGUGGAUACUGGCUCCCCUACAGCCAAGGAACUACUUGAUUUUCUCUUAGCUUUAGCAGAAGGCGCCCGCUCUGACCGCGGAUCGCAGCGUGUUGGGGCUGCUCGUAGCGUUGUUCAUGCGAUGAAGUUCAUGGCUUUCAAAUUGGAAUUGCACAAGUUUCAUACUUUGCUGGCAGGACCGACAGUGUGCGCUUGGCUCAGCAGUGCCAAAUGGGAUAGGGCACCACCAAAUGAAGCGCUCCCUUUGCCACUGUUUGCUGUUUGCGAGUUGGAAGAAGCUGCUGCUUCGGGCGCGGAAGAAGACUCUUGGGUGCUUGGUUGUUUGCUCCUCAUGCUAUGGGGGGCCCUCAGAUUCAGUGACGGACAGCGCAUUGAUCUGGCAUCGGUACAAGUUGAAGAUGGUGUGAUCAGAGGUUGGUGCUGGCGCAGUAAAUCGUCCCCCACUGGGUUCCCCUGGGGCGUUUUGACGGUUGGUGCUACUGGUUUGCGCUGGGGCUGCAAGUUUGCAAAUAGAUUGUUAGCUUUACGAGCGCAGGAUUCGGGCAGAGACUUUCUUUUGAGUUCUGAUCGUGUGCCCUUGUCUUACGCUGCUGCCGUGGCACAGUUUCGCAGGUGUUUAGGGACUUACACAACACUGGAGCCCACAGCUGUAUCCCAUUACACCCUGCAUAGCCCCAAAGCCACAACACUGAGCUGGAGCUUACAAAUUUCAGCACCUGUAGAGGAUCGUGCUUGCCAAGGGCACCAUCGCUUGAGAACAGCAACAGGUAGCGUAGAAAAAUAUCGCCGUGAUGACGUCUUGCCUGCUUUGCGCUGCCAGCGGUUGAUACUUCAAUCCAUUGGCAGUGGCUGGGUGCCACAAACUGCCUUGUCGCGUGGUGCUUCAUCCAUCAUGGAACAUGCUCCUGAGCGCGUUGUGGAUUUGCGCCUUUUACCCGGCGAUGUUGCCAGCGGCAUUGUUAACGUACAAGGCAUUCAGGCAGCAGAACCUGGGGAGGUUUCUGACAGGAGCUGCGACAGCGACACUGAUGCGGGAAGCAGUUCAGAUGAGGAAGUUUUGCAAAAUGGCCCGUGGAUCCUCAACUCCACUACUGGCUGGUAUCACAAAGCCACGCAUGUGGACGAGGGCAGUGAUAUGGGCCUGCUUGAGGCAGCUUUCUCUUUCUCGCUGCAGGAGGCAGCUUUCUCUUUCUCGCUGCAGGAAGUUUUGCAACGUUUGUUGUUUUUAUUGUUGCUGCGUGGCACCAUGCCUUCAUCUUGGUCGGAGAUCAUGACAAAGGUGGGGUUGGCUGAAGCGAUUCAGGAAGCAAUCAGCCAGGAGGGCUAUGAUGCAGCUGACAUCUUCGGAUUUGCCUUUACGGACAGUUCGGCGCUUGAAGCCUGGCUGACUCGCUUCCAAAGCAAGUGUGAAGCUUUCAAAGAUUUACCACCAGCGGAAUGGAUCUCGCAUCCGGUGGCGGCUAAGUGCAGGAUUUUGUGGCAGCAAGUUUCUAAGCCUGCGCCCCCACCUGCGCCAGAAGCCGGUGUGUCAACUGCCGCGCCACUUCCUGCCUGCACGAAAAAGUCUACUACUGACCGUGACCGCAUGCGCAAAGAAGUAGAAGCAAAAUAUGCAUCACAUGUGUUUUGCCAUGAUACUUUGCCUUCCAUGGGUUUGCUUCAAAUAGUCAAGCAGCAGUGCGUUGGCAAACAUUGGGAAUGGAUUCCCUGGAAGCGUAUCUUGUCAGAAGCUGUAUCGCAAGAGGCACGGGCCCGGCGAGCUGCCGACUCCCACAACGACUUGUUACAUUUAGUAGCUGACUCUAUGGGAGUCCUGCGGGAGGAGCGAGGGCCGGACAAUGUUCAGUCUGCGUACCGGAUCCAGUGCCUGCUGGAGACACGGGCCGAUGCUUUUGCGAUGUGUGGGGCAUGUCAUCUAGGCUCGUGGACGCUUUACAACAAAAAAUUUCUAGCCUAUUAUACCAAGAAGGUUGGGGACACCUAUCGUGGUCCGUCUGGAGCAGAAGCGGAGGAGGCUGACCAUGUGGCUGUUCAGGAAGUAUUUGAUUUGUGUUUUGCGGGCUUCAGUAUGGAUGAUGCUCUCCACCAGGUAUUGGUGGAACGAGACAUCUUGCGCCACUUGCUGGUCUCGGUCCCAAAGCCGAUGCGCAGUGACAGACCAAAGGGGGAGGGCAAAGGCAAUGGGAAAGGCAAGCCGUUGAAGCGCAACGGGCUGCCGGAUGAAACGGCAGAGAACAUGUCCCGGCCAAAGCGACGCCUGCCCUUGCCCUCUGCAUCCAAAAAACCACGGAGUGACAAUCCUAUGACGCCGGCUCCGCUGGGUGCCCAACAGUCGGUGCGGUGUGGUGGUCUAGAAUUAUGGAUUGGGGCUUGGUCCCGAAUGCUGCAGCUCUGGUCUGAUACAGACGUGGGGCUGCCAGACCAGCUGGCUUUGGGUGUGCCAACAGGUGUACUAGAAACAAUUCCGCCCUCUGGUAUUUGGCGAGAAAUCGAGGUUGCAGAUCGACCUCCUGAUGAACUUCUGGUGUGGGAUGAACCUUGGCCUUCUGGCCUCGAUGAUCCAGGCCUGCUGUUGGCACUUGUGCAAUCUGAUGUAAAGGACGGCUUUGCUGAGUGGCUCCCUGCUGGCAUGGAGGAAGCUCGAAAGCGGUUUGGCCCGCACUGCGCUGCUGGCAAGUUCGGCGUUGUAAAGAAAGACGGGGCUGCUGGGAGGGAGGGCCGGGUGCUUGUUGUCCGCUUCUUUCCCCAGGGUGCUGGUGCUUCCCCUCUUUCGGUGUCAGCGUACUGCCUGCUUCUGGCUGGCUUCCCUUUCGGGGCCCUUCCUGAUAAGGCUGAGGACCUAGGAGUUGUCAAAAUUUUUGAUAGGCUGGUUGCAGAGACGUUUGGGGAGGUCAGACAUUUCUACGAGGCGUUUGACGCUGCAGAAGAAGCGCGUUCACUGGUCAAACUUUUGUGCUCUGAUUCUGAUUCGAUUUCUGAUGCAUUUCUGGAAUCAGCUGUUGAGAACUUGCUGCAGUGGAAAAUUUCAGCUGGACCUGGCAUGAAGCGCAGACGUCGUUUGCAUCUGGAAGGGAUUGCCGGAACUCUGUUGUUGCCGGGCGAACCGGCCCCAUCGAAGCCUUCACUGGAAUUUGAGGAGAUUGUGCACAACGACCCCAAGGCUUUCCUUGAAGCAGCUCGGCGCGCACAAAAGCGAUCCAAGGAUCUUGGAGGACUUGGCAGCCGCGCAGAGAAGGAAGACAGGGAACGCAGAAGGUAUGCGUUGGAACUUGCUAGCAUCAUUGAGGAGUCAUGUUUGCCGGUUGCCCUGCAGAUCGUUACUCUGGACAAACCGGAGCUUGCUUGGUUGAGAGUCUGGGGAAGCCGUAGGGCAAAAACCUUGCGGAACCGCUUUAGGGCCUGGUACUGCAUUCUUGAGAGCUUGCACUAA